GGCUGGGAAGUCCCAGCUGUUGGUCACUCCCUCUGGCUGCUCCAGCGGGCCCAUCGCCUGGGCUCGGCUCUGAGGGCCCAGCUCGGCCAGCUCCUCCUGGUGGCCCCUUCUGCCUGGCCCCAGUGCCUACUCACUCAGCAGGAGAAGAAUCUUAGCUUGCGAGGAAGGGUUUCAAGGGAGGUGUAUGUUUUGGCAAGACACCCCCGCUUGCUCCGAGGAGACAGGAUCAAGGGUCCAGGAAGGAGAGCAGUCAGGACCUGUGAUCAGCUCUCCUGCUGCCAAGAUGCCAUCGCCACAGACAGUGACCUCUGGGCCGGAGUUGCACAGCCCCAAGCAGCCUGCAGAGCCGCAGACCCCAGUGCAGGGCACUCGGCGGGCAAGCAGUGUGGAUGCACCCAGCACCCACCAUGAGGACGGGCGGCUUGGCCUGAACACCUUUCGGCGGGCCUUCUCCCGGGUGAGCCAGGGGGCCUCGGGCCAGGCCCCUGAGGAGGACUGGGGCCUGCUCCGGAGCAGCUCCCGCUUCCUGUUCCGCUCCUUACGGCGCGCCCUGAACGACGGCCCAACCACUGACCAGUCCCAGGCCACUGCUGUGCCAGGGGCAGCCCAUGGCCUGGACAUGCCCUCAAGGGUCAUGGACGGUGUCAGCCAGCGGUCGUCCACUGGCAUGGGGCCUGAGGAACUGGAACCCAAGGCAGGCAAGUCUGUGGCCGACCUCAUCGCUCAGCGGCAACUGCUGGCGGCCUUCGAACAGCUGCGGCACCUGGAGACGCGGCUAGUGGCCGAGAAAGCCUCGCGCACCUUCGAGCAGGACCCCACGGGCUUCGCGCGGCGCGCCAUGGACGUGUGCCUGCACUACGACGGGCUGGCCGCGGAGAUCGGGGCCGUAGUGCGCGAGACGCUGGGCCCGGACGGCGUGGACGCGGCCGUGCUCGCCGAGCUGGCCCGCGUGGUGCGCGCCGAGGAGGAGGCCCACCCGGCGCCCCCCGCCGACGGCGACUUCCUGCUCACGCCGCGCCGCUGGCGCCAGCACUGGGAGGAUGCGGUGCGGCGGAGUGCGCGGGAGCGCGUGCAGCUGGUGGGCGCCGGGGAGGCCCCGGGGGCGGCCGAGGGGGCGUCGGGCCUGCCCGGGCUUCUGGACGAGCUCGGCGGCUUGGUUCGCCGUGACCUGCAGAGAGUGCAGCGGGAGGUGCAGCCCGCUUAUGCGGCCGCCGGCUUCCCGGUGUGGGAAGCCUACCUGCGCGCCUUCCACGCCGCGGUGGCCCAGCGCCUCCAGGAGCUCGCGCGCGACGCCCGCGGCUGCGAGCAGCUCUACGUCCUGCUGCACUGGGUGGCCAAUGUCUACGGCAGUCCUGACUUCCUGGGCACCUCGGACCUAGCUCUGCCCGCCGAGCCUCUGCCCCCGCUCUUGGCACCCGAAGUGUGGGCCCGACUGGAGAGUGACUACGCCAGCUCCCUAGAGACCAAGAUCACUAGCUGCUUCGAUGGCAUCCUGCAGCUAGAGCAGAGCCGCUGGGCAGCCUCGGAGGCCUCGGACGUGCUGCAAGGCCGCUACCACACGCCGCUGUCCAUCGACGUCCAUAUGCUCGUGGCCCAGCAAGUGAAGGUGUCCGGCACCAUCUCCGCGGAGCUGGAGGCCACCACUCUGAGGAUCUGUGCCAGGGCGCUCGGCCUCUUCGUGCCCAGGUUUGAAAAAGUUUGCCUGGAGUCAGAGUUGUUGAGUGAGCCGCACCUUGGCGCCAACAUCAACGCCUGCGAGGAGCUCAGGGAUGGCCCCCUUCCCCGGCCCCGCUGUGAGGUCCUUCCUCCGCCCCGUGGAGCUGAGGCCCUGGAAGGGAUGCUGGGAGUUUCAAGGCCGAGCAGAAGCGGAGAAGUUCCAGCCAGCGGAGUCCCCGCCUGUUGCCUCCUUGUCGGUCCCUGCCACCCUGGGCUCCGGUUCUUUCCUCCUUCAGCCCAGCCAGCCUUCGUCCUUUUUAGAGAUACUCUGUCCUCCAGCAAGCCCACCUUGACUCCACCCCCAGGGCUAUGCUUGGGGUGGGGCCCCAAGUCCAUCUUACCCCCCACUCCCGGAGGCAGAGGCCCUCCCUUUGGGCUAGCAGUGGCUGCCCUCCUUCUGUGCCUUCAACCCUAGGCCAGCCUCGGUGUCCUCCUGUUGUGGAUGCAUCAGCUGCUGCAGGGCAGCCAGCAACCUUGGGCGCAGACUCUGGGCCACCCUAUCUGGGUUCAGAUCCCAGCUCUGCCACUCGCUGGCUGUGUGCCUUGAGAUAAGUCACUUGCCCUUUCUGUGCCUCCUUUCCUCAUCUGAAAAAUGGAGAUCAGAGCACCUGCUCCCCAGGGCUGUGUGGGGAGUCAGUACCUUAGAGGACACAGUUGGUAUUCGCUCUCUAGGAGCACGUGUGAUGUGCCCAGCACUGGGCCAGUGCUUUCCCCGCCUGAUGUGUUUCAUCCCAAGUGCCAUGUUCCCAUGUACAGAUGGGAAAGUGGAGGCUCAGAAAGGAAAGGCCACUUGUCCACAGUCACACAGCCAGUACCUGCUGGACCUGGGACUUGAACCAGGCCUGUCUGAAUGCGAAGCAUGACCACGAUGAAGCUCUGCUUCUUUAACUCUCUCCCAUCCCUAAUCUGUGCCACGCUGGUCCUGGCCAUUGGGGACCCCGAGGUUGAGCUGCCCCUUGGUAGGCAGCCUCUGGCCCAGCCCGGGAUGGAACUUCAGCCUGUCUUUCUGUGUCCCUGUGCUGGAGGCUGGGCAUACCUGGUUCUCAGUGUCCUCAACAGUGAAAUGGGGACAUUGUCACCUUUAGGGUGGCAGUUAUGAGGCUCAAAGUAGGGCUCCUGUGCCAGGCAUGGCAUGGCCAUGCUGCACUGUCCCUUCACCAAGAGGGGACAGAGGUUUGGACCGGAGCUGCUUCAGGGGAGCUCUGCUAUGCAGUGGGGUCACCACCACCGCUUCACUGACCUACCCCUCUAGGACCGGCUCCCGUGGCAUCGUGCUGUUCCCUCACUUGACUCUGCUCCAGGGCUACGACACUGUGCAGCCCCACGGGCUGCCUUUUACAUUAUAGUCUAAGUGAAUGGAGUUGGUGUGGCAGCUAGCCUGCCUGGCUGUUUGCCUGGCUUUGUCUCCCAGCCUGCUCCCCUUACCCCCUUGGUCACCUGUCCUGGCCCC